AUGUCAGCCUCCAAAAUGAACUUGACGCUUCUUGUUGAUGCAGAGCGCAACAAAGUUGUCUUUGCUGAAGCAGGGAAAGACUUUGUCGAUUUCCUUCUGAACCUGCUUGCUUUGCCUGUGGGUACAGUCAUUCGGCUUCUAACAAAAGAAACCAUGGUUGGCUGCAUAGCAAAUCUUUAUGACAGUCUUGAAAAGCUGAACGAAUCUUAUCUGCAGUCUAACCAAAAUAAGGAUUUUCUUUUAAAACCAACAUUACCAACCCAAGUCACCGAUCCAAAUUUCUUGCUUGCUGGCAAUAAUAAAAAACCUGAAGACCAGAUGCUAUACUUUCGCCAAGACCAUCCAGGGUAUGUGUCAGAUAUUCAUAACUCUGUUUGUAGUAACAGCAGAUCACAAGGCUAUGGUGCUCGCUACAUGAAUCAAGAAGUGAAACUUGCUGGUACAAAUUGUUCCACCUCCACAGAUAGAUCAACUAGUGAUCAGGGAGGUUAUGUGAAGGGUUUGGUCACAUACAUGGUGACGGAUGAUUUGUCAGUAUCUCCACUGUCAAUGGUGUCUGCUGUUGGUUUGCUAAACAAGUUAAAUAUCAAGGAUUUUGGUGUGCUUGAGCAGAAGUUUGUGAAGUUUGGGUUUGAUGAGGCUCUUGACUUGUUGAAGGCUUCUCUUUCGUCAAAGGAGGCUCUGACUGCUGCUUUCCUGCUAAAGCAGAAGGUCAGAGACGGUGCAGAUGGAAGACGGUGCCGUAUGUCCUUUUACAUGACCUACCAAUUGGACAUCGUUGAUUUCAACAUUGAUGAGGUUAGGAGCAGACUCUCCUGCCUGUCAUAUUCAUUUACGGAGUGCGAGGCCUUUGGCAUUGUGGAUUUUGUUCCAUUGAAGACACUUACUAUUAGGGAGAUUGAGUUUUGCAGUAUAUGA